AUUCGAAGCGACCCGAUAGCUACGAUCUCCACGCCCUACGCGAGCCAGCCGCCGUGCGCCGUCGAUUCCGUCAGCCUGCUUCGAGGCUCCAAGACUUCCUCCCACCACUCGCGCACACGGACAAACACACAGCACGAUGCGACUGCUAUACACUACAGGCGAUGGGAGACUUGGGUGGACUGAGGACCUGAUCGGAGACAAGAUCCCCCCAUACGCGAUCCUGUCGCACACCUGGAAGGAGGGGCAGGAGGUGACAUUUGCCGAUCUGAAAGAUCUAGACAAUGCAGUAGACGUCAACGCACAACACAAGGAAGGAUAUCGGAAGAUCCGCUUCUGCGCGCAACAGGCUAAACGGGAUGGUCUGGACUACUUCUGGGUCGACACCUGCUGCAUCGACAAGGCAAACAACACGGAAUUGUCGAGAGCGAUCAACUCCAUGUUCCGAUGGUACCAGAAUGCCAAAAGAUGUUAUGUCUUCCUUUCGGACGUCGCGAACGACACUUCAGAAAUCGAUAGCAAGUCGGCGUUGAAGCAGAGCAGGUGGUUUAAGCGGGGCUGGACGCUUCAGGAGCUUCUUGCUCCUCGCUCUGUUGAGUUCUUCUCUGAAGAGGGAGAGCGGCUAGGGGACAAGGAGUCGCUUCAGCACCUUAUACACGAGGUUACAGGCAUACCUAUCGAGGCUCUGUCCGGAAGCGACUUGUCCGAGUUCGACGUUGCCAAGCGUUUCUCGUGGGCAGCGAAUCGACAGACAACAGAGGAAGAAGAUGGAGCGUAUUGUCUGUUCGGCAUAUUUGGCGUCCACCUACCGCUGAUCUAUGGCGAAGGCAAAGACAACGCCCUUGAACGGCUGAGAAGCGCGGCUAUUCUGAAACAUAAGGGCCGCAGUCAAGACCAAGAAGAGAGGAUUGGGAAAAUACGCAGCUGGCUUUCGGCGCCCGACCCGUCUACCAACUACCACAAAGCGCAUAAGCAGCGGCAGGCUGAGACCGGAGUCUGGUUGCUAGAGGGUGAGCAGUUCACAAGAUGGAAAGAGCGUGCAGCAUCGCGACUGUGGCUGUAUGGGAUCCCAGGAUGUGGAAAGACGAUCCUAAGCUCUACCAUUAUCGAGCAUCUGCUGCGGUACUGCCAUGAUGAUACUAGCAUGGUGAUGACGUACUUCUAUUUCGACUUCAACGAUACACAGAAGCAGGACCCAGAGCUCAUGCUGCGCUCGCUGCUAUGCCAGCUCCUCCAAAGUUCGGUCGGGAUACUAAAGGGCGUUGAUGCGUUGUUCUCAUCUUGCGAGAACGGAAAACGACAGCCGCCAUUGCAUAUGCUUCUAGAAGUGACACGGCAGGCGAUGCAAGAAUUCACCCAGGUCUACGUCAUUCUCGACGCACUUGAUGAAUGUACACAGCGCUCAGAGCUGAUGGACAUGCUCGAAACGGUGGCUAGAUGGCAGCUCGACAACCUACAUCUGCUGAUGACUAGCCGGAAAGAGCGAGAUAUCGAGACAUGCUUGGAGAGUUACAUUAGGGAAGAGGACACUGUGUGUCUCCAGAGGGACGUAGUGGAUCAGGAUAUACAGCGUUACGUUCAACAAAGGCUGCGUGACAAGAAGAGCUUGGCAAAAUGGACCAAGGACGCUGCGAUUAGCCAAGAGGUCGAGGAUGCACUAAUGCGAGGGGCUCACGGGAUGCACGUGUUCAACCAGUUCUUUACAAAGCCAAAGCUAACAAUCAUGCAGGUUUCGAUGGGCUGUAUGCCAGCUGGACACGUUGGCAAAGUGUCGCAACCUAGUGAUGCUGCGCAAUUCACUCGCCACUUUACCGCAAACGCUAGACCAGACAUACGACCGCAUCCUCACCGCUAUAAGUAAAGAGGACUGCGUGUACGCGGUGCGCAUCCUACAGUGGCUAACGUUCUCUGCCCGGCCGCUUUCUGUCACAGAAGUUGCUGAAGUUGUCGCUAUCGAUGUUGCGCGCGACCUAGCGUUUAACCGCGAUGAAGUGCUAGUAGACCCGCUAGAAGCGCUGGACAUCUGCUCUAGUCUAGUCACUAUUACGAAGAACGAAGAGGACGGAAGGCUAGGGUCUACCCAACAGAUCAUCGCUCUAGCACACUACUCAGUGCAGGAGUACCUCGUUUCGGACAGAAUCAGACAAGGGUCAGCAAAGCAGUACAG